UCUGAUAUGUUAGGACGUUAGUUUAAAAAAUGAGAAGGAAUUUAACAUGCUUCAUAAUAUUUAUAAUUAUUCUCUGUUGCUAUAAAUAUUUAUUUAAUUUUCUGAAUAAUGUUCAACCAUCACCAUAUAUGGAUGAAAUAUUUCAUGUACCUCAAUCUAAUCAUUACCAUAAAUUCCGCUUUGAUAUAUGGGAUAACAAAAUCACUACAUUCCCAGGAUUAUAUAUUAUUUCGUUAAUAUAUUCACUGCUGUCAAGUUUUUUAUUAAAUUUGCCAGUGCAUAUAUUUGCAUCGCCUUAUUAUCUAAGAAGUAUAAAUUGUUGGUUGAAUAUUGGAAAUUUCUGGUUGAUAUACUUAACACUGCCAAAUAUAUAUAGAGUCAUUAUAGAGGUUAACCAAUCAAUUGAGUUAAACAAAGAUCCAAAAUUAAAGAUGAUAAUUGCUCUAACAGCAUUCAAUCUUUUUAUAUUUCCAGUAUCAUUUUUUUUCUCACAUUUUUAUUACACAGACAUAGUAGCAUUAUUUUUUGUUUUGUGUGUUUAUAAUUUAACUCUAAAUACUGUUAAAUCACACAAUACUAUUGAUAUAUCCAUUCAUAGACAAAACAUUCAAAAAGUAUUAUUGUUAGUGCUAAAUAUUGGUGCUAUAUUUAUGCGACAAACCAAUGUUAUUUGGAUAUUAUUUUGUUUUUUAAUUCAAUUUCAAUCCUUGAUUAUCUUUUAUCAAAUCAGCAUUUAUAAAACAAAAGCCAAACUACCAACAAUUACAUUAAAUGGUGAUGAGAAAGAAUAUUACCUGAAAAGUUAUCAUAAACAAUUAGGGGAUAUUUUAUUUGAUGACAAGCCUAAAAUUUCUUUAAAUUUAUCAUUAGAACAAGGCAAAGACUUUAUUAUAUUAAAAUCUAUAUAUAAUAUUGAGCUUUUGGAUGACCUAUAUCAAUCAACCAAGCAUUUAUUGACCAAUACCAAUAAUAAUAUCAUUUUAUUAAUCCUAAAAUUCACUUGGCCAUCUAUAUUACCAAUCAUGUUAUUUGCUUUAUGGGUCAUGUAUAAUGGUGGCUCUUUAGUUUUAGGAGAUAAAAAUGCACACAAACCUUGCAUCAAUAUUCCUCAGCUAUUUUAUUUUUCGAUUUUUGUCACCCUUUUAACCUUUCCUACAACUAUACUUUUACCCUUGUUAAAUAUAGCUAAUAAUAAUUAUUCAAAAAAUUCUAUUCAUUUAUUUCCUCCAUCUCGUGAAAAGAUUAUUAGAUUGAUUAAAUAUGUCUCCACAACAUGUCUUAUUUUAUUAUUAUGUAUAUUUUUGGUAAAAUAUUUUACUUACGUACACCCAUAUCUUUUAGCCGACAAUCGACACAUAACUUUUUAUAUUUGGAAAAAUAUUUUUGCUUCUGCAUCAUACAAUAAAUACCUAUUAAUACCACUCUACAUAAUCAGUAUCUAUGCUAUGAAUUUCAGUUUAAAAUCUCCAAAAAAGGGUAAAUCAGAUCAAAUUACAUUUGAAAAGCAAUAUCAUAGGAAUUAUUCUGAAACUUAUCUCCAAAUGAUAUACGCAGAAGCAAUGAAUAAAUCAUGGAAAAUAUCCUUCAUUAUUUGUGUCUCAUUUGUUUUGAUUCUCCAAGGUCUACUUGAAUUCAGAUAUUUUAUAAUCCCUUUCUUCUUAUUCAGGAUGUCCCAAAAUAUUUUUAAAUACAAGAAUAUAUCAUGGAAUACUAUUAUAUCAGUUUUAAUUUUAGAAACUAUAUUUUAUUUGAUAAUUAACAUUUUAAUGAUCAAAUUAUUUUGUUGUGGCAAAAAAUUUUAUUGGUCAGACUCAGCUCAAGUCCAGCGAAUUAUGUGGUAAAAGGUGAAAAGAUUUAAUAUAUACAAUUAUAAUAAAUUUUAUAUAAAA